AUGCAAAGUCAAGUUGUUAUAUCGGAUGAACAGUUUUGUUGUGAAACAACUGAACCUGAUAUAGAAGCAAACAGAUGGUAUCAUAUUGUUGUACGUGUCAGUCGUCAAAAACAAGAAUUAUGGAUUAAUGGUAAAUUAAGAGGUACACAAGAAAUGACAAAUCCAGAUGAAGCACAUCACCGUAAGUACGCGUUUUAAUUUUGUGAAAGAAAAUGACUAUUUUUUGGCAUGUUCUAUCUUAUCGUGAGAUCCACACGAGUCGAAAAGUUUUGGCAAAAUGCUGACGAAAGUUUCGGAACCGAGCUCAACUCGGCCUUAUCACUCUUAAAAGUUUUCUGGUCCCAAGCGGGUUUUUUUUCUUGCAUCUGUCAUGCUUUGGCUGGCUGAGUGGUGUAAAUGUAUUUCUCAAACUAAUAUUUAUAUUUUCAUGAUUUCUUGGUUUUCAUAUUAUUCACCCUUUACGAAACGUAGUCAUUACGAUGUCGCGCAACACUGAUUAUCCUGUUUCUCUUCCUGUUCGCGAUGGAAUGAUUACUUUGUGCUUGUUCAUUCCAAUCUUCUUCUUCUUGCGAACAAUAUUUGACUAACCGGGUUACAAAUAUAGCAUUAAAUCGUUCUGCUUGACAGUUGGUUUAAGGUCUAUGUGAUGUUGAUAAAAUAUGUCGAAUACCACGUAGAUUAGGUCAGGAUGGAAUCGAACUUAAAUGCUCAGGUGGCUUUUGACGAUUGAUGUUAUAUUUUGAACAUUCUUUUAAUGAAACUUCUUAUAAUAAAACGAUCUCCCGUUGUGGGAUGUUUGAUUAAGGAUACCCUCCCUUUUUUUUCAUCUUGCUGCCAAAUGCGGAGCUCACGUCCGAUUGAGGUCCAAUUUGUAGCAAAGAUAGAACAUCGAAAAAAAAAGUUAAUGUAUUUUUGCCCAAAAUUUUCUGAGAUGUUCUUAUAUGGGUUUUCUGGAAAACUCCAGUUUUCAUCAGGCCUCAUUACGACCCCCCCGAAAAAAUGGUCCGAUCGAGCUCAAAAUUUUACUUUAGACCCCAUCUCAGGUCUUUUUUUCUUUUCGAAAAAUAUGCUUUCCUUCUCAAGAUAUAGGAAAAAUGUUGGAAAUCACGCAAAAAAAGUCAGAUUUUUUCAGUUUUUGUUCACUGGCCUUCGGCAUUUUUCGUAUAUCUUGAGAAGAAAAGCACAUUUUUCGAAAAAGAAAACGAACCCGAGAUAGGGUCUAA